CUCAGGCUUUGAUUCUCCAACAUCUGGCCCAACAUGUCGACAGGUGGUGUGGUCUACAAGGACCUUCUACCAGUUCCCGAUGCAGAUCCUACAGAACACCAAGGCAAAUCGACUACGCUACUGGAUGCACCUACCGAAAGCCAUGCACUAGCUUUGGAAGCCGCCAGGGCACCCCAGACAGAAGAAAAGGGAGCAGCGCAGGUAGAGCAUGGAGACGAGGUAGUGGACUUGGGGUGGAAUGAGCCAAAAGAGCUUGUCGCGAAACCGCUCGUAGGAGGCCUGGGAAAUGAAGACCUCUGGCUGCUGAUUCGACGUUUCAACCAGCAAAUGUACCAUGUCAAGGAGAUUCCAACAGCGCCCCCUGGAGGUCUGGACAUGAACAUUGCCGAUGAAGAAGAGUUCUCUCCGGACAAGCUUCGUGCCAACAUUGAGCGCCUUUACAUGACCAUUGGCAUCGGUCUAAUGGGAUUUGGCAAGCACAUCGCCCGCAUCCGCUCGUGGCGCGAGACUCGACGCACUGCAUGGUUUUGUUCCGCAUAUUUCGCCGCUUGGUUCCUCGACAUGAUCAUGCCCCUGCUAUCAGUGACUCUGGUAACGCUGAUCGUUUACCCUCCGGCUCGCGAGGUCAUGUUUCCUCCAGCGCCCAUCGCCCUCGUCAGCUCCAGUGGAGGUGUUCAAAAGCCAAAAUCAGGAACACUCGGAAGUACCGACAGUGCAACUGGGGCACCUGAAAACCACAAGGGUGAAGCUGUAGAACAAGAAGCCUCCAACUUCGUCAACGGUUUCGCCACAAUUGCAUUGUCGAGUGCAACUGGCAAACACCCUGGGGGUGAGCCCCCAGAAGAAGACUCGCCUGAUAGCACUAUUCCAGACCCCACCAGGCUCGCCAUUGGUGCUGCCGAUGCGAAGGAUAAGGCGGCCGGUGCUAAUACCGGCAAGGAAUAUGAUAAGACUAAGGUGCCUGUGGAGACUGCCAUGUGGACCAAGAUGAGGCCAAUCAUGCAUGGGCUUGCAGACGUCGCAGACACCUGGGAACGUUUCGCAAAUAUGCUUAACCCGACACCUCCAUUCCCCACAAACAAAUUUCACUUUCGACUUGCAGCAGUCGUUGCACCCCUCGUACUUGUCUCACUUUUUGUAUCUUCCUACGUGUUCAUGAAGGGUGUUACAUUCGGCGUAGGAUUCGGGUUCUUCGGUGACCCCGCCAUCCAACGAGGACUUGCACUUCUCAACAGAAAGUUCCCCCACUGGCAGAAAUUACUUGAGCUCCGUAACACACUGCUCAAGGGUGUCCCUACCAACGCCCAACUCACAAUCACUCUACUCCGUCUCGGCGAAGCAAACAAGGCCCCGCUACCACCUCCACCACACGUCGCUCAGCCACCUCCUGAAAAACCCACAGAUGUCAACGAAGAAGAGCUUCGCGCCACGGGCGCCGAUUGGCCUCUCAAUGCUACAAAAGAAGAGCUCGAUGCAGCCAUGGCGCAUGAUCCCACGGUUGCGCACCAAACAGGUGGUGAAGACAUUGAUGAAGCCAAAGACAGCAAACACGGCAAAAAGGGCACCAAGAUUCUCAACUUCUUUCGCAGCACAGUCAAAGGUGGUGUGGAGACUACACGAGGCGCCGACAAAGUCAAAGCGGCAGCUGGCUCUGUACAUGCGAAGAAUAGGCUGGGUGCAGUGCCACCUCGCAAUGUAGAUCUGACAUCGGGCCCUGUCGAGUUCAAGGCCAGGUAUGGGGGCAAGAAGGGCCAUGCGUACAUUACGACCAAAGCAACGAUUCCCAGCAUUGCCUUUUCCACGGACCAGACGAUUGAGAAGAUUGGCAGUGUAGACAGAGAGGACCUGCACCCUUUGUGGUCUAUUACUGUCGGCGACAUUCUAGAGAUACGAAAGGUGGGCGGGUAUGGAUGGAAAGCAAAGUUGGUCGUUGGAUGGGCUAUGGAGCGCGAGGUGGCUGACGGGCUCAUCAUUGUCGAUCGCCGGCUCAACGAGUAUCGCAUCACGGCGUUGCCGCUGAGAGACGAGCUGUUUAAUCGGCUGGUUGCUAUGGGAGGCCAGAAGUGGGAGUGCUGGUAGUCAUAACAGUGUGAACAGAUUGGAUUGGAUAGCAUCUGCCUGUAUGGAUCCGGAAGCAUAUUCAUAGUACCCUUUAGUAAUGAUCAAGGUGGUAUCA